CUCAAAACAAACGUAGGCAGCGUGAGAGCGGAAAUGUCCCGGUGUGUGUGUGACUGAACCCUCCGCGCCGAUCAAUUACCGUAAUCAUUCUAAUAAUAAUAAUAACGUUACAUUUUUAACUCAAGAGUGCACAAAGAGACCAAACCACGCCGGAACCAGGACUUAGCAGGUCAGCUGUUGUGAGAGGAGGAACCUCGGAGUCGGAGCCAUGUUGUCGGCGGAGGAGAUUCUGUGCAGCACGCAGCAGGUGAUUGCUGGGCUGGAGGCUCUGAAAGGAGAGAACCGCAGUCUGCUGGAGACACUGCAGGAAGCCACGGAGAGCCACCCGGUGUCGGAGAGUGGCAGCGUAGAGGAGGAGAAGAGCGGCAUCAUCCGCCAAUCACUGGAGAGGAUAGAGCUGGGGCUGAGUGAGGCACAGGUGAUGAUGGCGUUGUCAGCUCACCUGGGUUCACUGGAGGCAGAGAAACAGAAGCUGCGAGCUCAGGUGCGCCGUCUCUGUCAGGAGAACCAGUGGUUGAGGGACGAGCUUGCUCGGGCUCAGCAGCAGCUGCAGGACAGGGAGCAGGAGGUGGUCACCCUGGAGGAGCAGAACAGACACCUGCAGUUCAUGGCCUCCAUACGCAAAUACGACCAGGAGGAGCCGAUGCUGGAAGACAAAGAGACAUCUUCCACCAAGGAGUCUCUGGACGACCUCUUUCCUGCCGAGGACGAGGAGCAGUCACCGAUGUCACAGCCUCAUCACAGCAGCGCAGCAGCCGCAGCCCAGCAGGGAGGCUACGAGAUCCCCGCCCGCCUUCGAACGCUCCACAACCUGGUCAUCCAGUACGCAUCCCAGGGACGAUACGAGGUCGCCGUACCGCUCUGCAAACAGGCCUUGGAAGACCUGGAGAAGUCCUCAGGUCACACCCACCCAGAUGUGGCCACCAUGUUGAAUAUAUUGGCGCUGGUGUACAGAGACCAGAAUAAAUAUAAAGAAGCGGCCAACCUGCUGAAUGACGCGCUGGCCAUCAGGGAGAAAACUCUUGGCAUGGACCAUCCAGCUGUGGCAGCAACACUCAAUAACCUGGCAGUGCUUUAUGGGAAAAGGGGAAAAUACAAGGAAGCAGAGCCGCUGUGUAAAAGAGCUCUGGAGAUCAGAGAGAAGGUUUUGGGCACAGACCAUCCAGAUGUGGCCAAGCAGCUGAACAACCUGGCUCUGCUGUGUCAGAAUCAGGGGAAAUACCAGGAGGUGGAGCAGUACUAUGAACGCGCUCUGCACAUCUACCAGAGCAAACUGGGACCAGAUGAUGCCAACGUGGCCAAGACCAAGAAUAACCUGGCUUCCUGUUAUCUAAAGCAGGGGAAAUACAGACAAGCCGAAGCCCUUUACAAAGAGAUCCUUACCAGAGCACAUGAAAAGGAGUUUGGAUCUGUAGAAGGUGACGGUCGUCCCAGCUGGUCCGGCGGUGAGGACGGCGGCUCCAGAUCAGACGGACUCAGUAACCUGAAGCGCAGCGGCUCCUUCACCAAACUCAGAGAGUCGAUACGACGAAGCAGCGAGAAACUCAUCCGCAAGCUGAAAGUCGCAGCCAUGGAGGAGACAACCCCAAGGAAUGCUGGGAUGAAAAGGGCAAACUCUCUGAAUGUGUUGAAUGUCGGAACCGGAGAAUCUCAGGACGGAUCUCAGUUGAGUCAUUUGACAGAUCGUCGAUCCCUGAGCUGCAGCACGCAGAACCUGACGAGACGGGGGUCACUCGGUGGGACCAGAUAACAUACACACCUUAAAGGAAAGUUAGACAAAUGUUCACACAGUCUGCUGCUCUGUAUCAAUCUGAUAUCAAUCACUACAGUGGAUUUAAAUA